UUAUUAAAAUGAUUUUAAAUUAAACAUUUAGAUGGCGCAUAGCAUGUCAUGCCACAGGACAUGUAAACAUGCCAAAUGGAUUUCAUCUAAAAAUAUCCUUUUAAAGGCUAUAUUCCAUCAUUAAAAACACAAGACUUUCUGAUGCCACCUAGUGGUUUGAAGCACACAAAGAGGGUAAUAGCUUUGAGUGCUUGGCUGUAGUUAACUCUCUCUAGGCCGAACAACAAAAACAACUAACAGAUGAAUGUGAACCCCUUUUGAAUUAUGUUAAGCUGAAUACUGACCAUUGGACUAAAAAAACACUAGACUAGACCAUUAUUUAAUACUCUAAAAGGCGACACAAUGAAGAUGGAACUGGAUUAAAGAAAAUCAAGUCAGCAUUGAGGCCCGAGGAACAGCAUUUUCUACUUGAAAGGCAAUUUAUCUUUAGCUGAACAUGACAGACUACGAAGUGUCUGUUCAGCAGCUCAAUGAUCUGUUGACAGAUGAAAACGGAGACUUCUGUAUGCCCUCCAAACAUUUCAAUGAAGUUUACCCCGGGAUACUCCUAGGAAAUGAGUCUGUAGCUACAAAUGUAACACGUUUGCAUCAGCUGGGAGUGACACACAUCCUCAAUGCUGCAGAAGGCCAAUCGGACAUGCAUGUGAAUACGGAUGCGGAGUUCUAUGUGGAUACAGGGAUCAUCUAUCAUGGGAUACCAGCCUUUGACACUGACCAUUUUGACCUCAGCGUAUAUUUUGAAGAGGCUUCUAAUUUCAUUGAACAAGCUUUGGCAAUGAAAGAGCUGAAGGGUCUUGGUAAAGUGUAUGUACACUGCCAGAAAGGCUACAGUCGUUCGGCUGCGCUAGUGAUCGCACACCUGAUGCUGCAGCACAGGAUGGAUGUACGAGCUGCUGUGGCCACAGUGAGAGAGAAACGGGAGAUCGGGCCCAAUGAUGGAUUCCUGCGCCAGCUCUGCCAGCUAAACGAUAGGCUGGCAGGUGAAGGAUGGCUGUGUGUUGAUAAUAUCUAAAUAUGUAACCUAAACAGGCCUACAUAUAAAAUGAUUAGCUAAAUGAAUGUUUAAUAUUUCCAUUUAAUCUGUUUUUAUCCUCUAAAUGUUAGCAGUUAGCAAGUCAAUUUGGGUGAGUUGGCUAUUUGGUUUUAAAUAGGACAUUUUUUAUUAAUCAUUUCUACUUGGUUCUUGUAUGUGAAAUAUGAUCUUAUUUGUUAAAUUAGUUACAUGCAAAUAAAUUGCUCAAAGCAAAUAUCUUGAAAAUACAUAUAUUGACCAAGUCACAGUCCCAAUGAUGGUCAGCGGUUUGAGAAUCAGUUAAAAUUGUUACAUUUUUCCUCAAAUAAAGUUGAAAUAUAAAAAAGAAAAGAAAAAAAAACAGCCUGCAUUGCACCCACUAAUCCACUGAACAGAGAGGCAUUGUAGGGGAAAAACCUCACAGGCCUUUCACAUCCAUUACAGGUUUGUACUAGGACAGUUUCAUAGAAGGAUAAUGUACAAUGCUACAAAGGAUGAUUUAACAGCAAUUCUGCACUGCUGGAGUAGAUGGUGCAUCGCCGACCCAUAAAGGAGAGGGCAUCUUAACAACUUCCCGUAUAAGCAUAGUGUUCAAAAUCGAGUAAAAGCACAUGGAUUAUGCUUCACGAGCAAGAAAAGGACACAGACAAACAUCAUUUGUGCAAGCAUCAUUGUCUUUGUCAUUAUAUAGAGCUAUUUGUGAUAGAGAGAAUGCAGAUAAAAUCAUUGUUAAAGAAGAAAAAAUAUAUCUAUAUAUUACUAAUCAAGCAGGGGUGCAAAACUCAGUUUCUGGAGGACCACAGCCCUGCAGAGUUAAGCUCCAUUAAUUAAACACACCUGAUCCAGCUAAUCAAGUCCUUCAGGCUUAUUUGAAAACGGCAAUGUAUAUGUGUUGGAGCAGGUUUGGAACUAAACUCUGCAGGGCUGCGGCCCUCCAGGUAUUGAGUUGUGUACCCUUGGUCUAUUGCACUGAAUGGAUUUACAAAUCAAUAGCCAGUGAGGUGCCUGUGGUGAGGAUGAGGAUGGUUUCUUAAAGUAAGUGCGUGAGGUCCUGUUGUGUGUUAGACCCUGUUGAAUACUGUAGAUUGAGGUACUGGUGAUGGUGGUUUACCUCUCAAAGAAACACAGAUCUGCUGCAGAUGUGUCUUUUUUCUGACUGGAUAAAAAUCUUGGCAUCUUUUAACUAUGUUUUUAACGUCUUCUGCAACUACAUUCAUUCCAGCCUGAUCGCAUUAUGGCAGUCUAAGAUACUGGAGAGGUGAGAAGUGCUGUGUUUGACACAAAAGUGACAUUAAUAAGUCUAUGUUGAACUCAUCCUCUUAUAUCGUUCACAUGUGAGGUAUGAAUGUUUGAAAUAACAGAAGUGCUCAUCAUCAAAUCACUACAAGACAAUCUUGACAUGGGAGACAGACAGAGUAAAUACUAAUGAAGGGUGUCAAACCAAGUAAACGCAUUAGAAGUACGAUGGCUGUCCACACUGAGCACUUGCACACCCACAGUACAGUUCAGAUUGAAAAACGUACAACAAAGCACAGUGUCUGACAUCAACUUUAGUUUUGCUCUGUUUGAACAAUUGCUCGUCACAAUCAGCUCACUUAAAAUUCACAGCCUGCAAAUGUGUUUUUUCCACGCAACAUAAAAUACAGCAAGUAUUCAUACUUAAGAAUGAGUGCUUUGUCUUUUUAUUUUUUUACAUUCCUCAUCAGAAGAUGCACAGAGUUGUUGUUUUUUUUUAAGGAAUGGCAGGUCUUUUUUUUCACACUCGAACUUUUGGACCUCAAAUAUGACUUGCUACAUUGCAGACGUGGACAUGUAUUUCACAUGGAAUUUAUUGGGGCGUGUGAAUUUUCCAGAGGGCUGUUGAGAAGACUUCGCUUAUUUUAAGAUCUAUUAAAGGAGUCAUAUCAUACAUUUUAUUAUUAU